GGAAAGCUGCUCGCAGCCUUGCGCUCGCUUCCUGCCAUGGCGCCCAACACGCCCAGAUCUCUGCACGCAGGCGCUGAGGCGGUGAUUGGCAAGGGCCAGGUGGCAGAGCGGCUCAUGGGGAAGUUCGGCAAGGUCUGGGCGCAGCCCCCGCCGCUGCCCGCGCCGGAGGCGCUGCCGCCGGCCGGACGCUCCACCAACUGCCACGCCCCAGGCGGGCACCGCGCGGUGCUUCCGGCGCCCUUCGGGGUGGAGCUGCUGUCGGAGCAGCGCAGCACCGCGGAGAAGAUGGCCGGGAGGCUGAGGAAUGUCGAGGGCGCCCGGCCCUGGCGCGCCAAGGAGGAGAUGGAAGCGGCGGAAGCACCGCCCAGCGACGCGGCGCUGAGGGCCAUGCGCUACUUCAUCUCGCGCGCGCGGGGGGCUGGCGCGCACAGGAUGGCCAGCCUACUGGCUCAGCUCCAGGCUGCCGUGAGGCCCGGGCAGCAGGCGCUGAGCCAAGAGGACUUCUCGCGGGUGGCGCUGGCCCAGGGCCUUUGCCGGUGCCUCUACGACUCCGAGCUGGUCUUCCAGCAGUUGGGCGGGAGCGAGGCCAGUGUGGAGCAACUGGCUGAGAUUCUGCGGGGCGGCCUGGACCCAUCCAGGGCGGCGCUGGUGAAGGAAGCUUGGGAUGUGCUGGACCCGGAUGAGCGUGGGGUUAUCCAGGUGAGGCACCUGCUGCGCUGCUUCGACGCCCGGCGGCUGCCAGACGUGCGCCUGGGCCGGGAGGACGCCGAGGUGGCGCUGCUGAAGUUCUUGGAUGGCCUGGGGGUCAGCAACCGCUUCGACAGGGCAGAGGACUUUGCCAUGGAGGAGACGGCAGCGCGGGAAGCCCUGGAAAGGGUUUUGGAAAGG